CGGUUUCGUCCCCUUCAUUUUGAUCGGCUGGCUCCUUGGUCUCCAAGCCACCGGCCACCGCCAGUCCGCCACCGCCAGUCACAGUUGUUUCCCUCCACCGCCGGUCGCCGCCUAUAUAAAUCUCCUCUCCUGUCUCCCAUCCUACCUUACCUCCUUCUUCUUCUUCUUCUUCUUCUUCUUCUUCUUCUUCUUCUUCACACAUUCCACUUUCCACCCAACGACGACCACACGUCUCUCUCUCUCUCUCUCUCUCUCUCUUUCUUGCAUUGACCAUGGCCUGCACGAGAACCCAGCAGCAGCGACUCCGGCUCCGGCCGCCGCGAGGCAGCCGCAGCUUCGUCCUCACCGCGCCCACGCUCCUCCUCCUCAUCCUCUGCCUCUUCUUCGCCGUCUUCGCGCAGCCUUCCAGCUGCAGGCCUCUCGGUCUCGGCGACGACCACCACACCACCACCACCAGCACCAAUAACGGCGACGUCAUACUGCUGCCUCUACCCGCCGACACCCAGACGAUGGUCGUCGCGGGCGCGGCACCACCGGCCGUGUCCACCGAGGAUCAGGAUCGUCGGCGGCAUCGGCUCGCCGCCGGCCGCCACCAGUGGCUGCUCAACAAGAAGCCCCGGGGGAAACCACCGCCAUCCGCCCCCAGCAAACGCACCAACUGAUGGUUUCAGCUCAUCUUCAAUCUUGAGCGUGCUUUCCGCCAGCGACAGCGAGGCAAAAAAAAAAAAAUCCUCUCUCUUUUUUCCUUCUUUUUCUUUGUUACUCCGUAUUAGAUGACACAACAGACUGAUAGUAGUUUUCCCAUUCUAUUCAUUUUUUUUUAAUUUUUUUUGCGGCUUGGCUGGCUACAGUCUGCAGGAUGUAAAUAUAGAUACAUACAUAUAUAUGAUAUAAGUUUAGUAUAUACAGGUUCAAAGUUUUUCUGCUCUUGUACAUGUUCUCUUAUGGAGACGUGGAAAUGGUUGCGACUGUGUUCACCUUACAGAGGAUCGCAUCUUUCAUCGUUAAGGAACCCUGUCUUUGAACUACCA